AUGCAAUCAACCCGCCCAACAACUAAGAAAUCUAUCAACUUCAACAAAGGAUUAACAAUAUACUGCGCAACCAACUUGUACAAAAACAAAGAGGCACUUCAAUUUCUCCUCAAUCACCUCAAGGCCUCCAAACUUGCGAAGGAUCCAUGGGUCCCCUCUGAAAGACCAUUCAUACUCCAAAUUGUUCCGUCCUCAUCAAGCUCAAGGGACGAAAUCAUCAAGAACCUCAAUACCGCCAAAAGUCAAACAAACUUUAAAUACUUUAUCUCUGAUAUGUCUCUCCAAAUCACAGAGUUCACCGCUCAACAUCUUACUGGAAACGAUGAAAACAAUAUUCUUCAUAUGAUCUCCUGCCUAUGCAAUUGGCAUGAGAAAUCUAAAGGUUUAAUAGCUAUGAGAAUUAGUAAACCACCAGACUCAAGCUGCUUCAAAACCACUGUUACAGUUAAGAAUUUACAAUCACUACAAGAAAUCCUCUCUAACACCGAAUGGUCUCGCCUCAAAACUUAUACUCAACUAGCUGAAGAUUCCCGUUUUGAAGUCUUUAUCAACCUCUCUACAGAUUUUGAAAAACAUGAAAUCGUAAACGUCGUUAAAGAUAUCACCACUAAAGCAGGAAUUACUAUUCACCCAAACUCUAUCAAAAUCGAUGAAAAGGCAUCUCCUUUUAAUCCUGAAGAAUCAUAUUAUAACAUCAUAGUGACUCUUAAAUCUGAUACUGAAGUCGAUCGUAUCUUAGAAGUGGUCCAUCCUAUUGAAACCAAGCAUGGCAGAAUCAUCACAAAAUCCUUUAAGUCCAAAGCGCAGUUCUUUAAAGAAAAAGCUAUCUCCAAAUCAAAUCAAUCAACAGAGAAAGAAAGCUCUAACUUCUCAACUAUUACUACUCCAAAUAAUUAUGAAGCAAGGUUUACCAGCCUUGAAAAAAGAAUCUCCAAUAUGGAAAGCAAUAUAUCAUAUAUUGCUAAGAAUAUGGAAACCUAA